CACAAAAGUUUAUUUUCUUUUUGGUUAAAGACUAUUCUGCUUUCCAAUAUGUUAUCAGCUUGAAUUUUUCUGAGUGCAAAAUGAUGUGGGUGUGGAAACCCUGAAGUCUAAACUCAGAAUUAUCUUUUUGAUUUAUUAUAGUAACAAUAGUUACCAUAGAUUUUAACUAGGGUGGUUUCAGCAAACGUUUUGAUGGGUUGCCUUUUAAAUAUCAGGAGUCAAUCAAAAUGUAAUAGUUAAUGUUAAUGAUAAUAAAAUCAACGUAAACGUUAAGCUACAACAGAGAAUGUAAAUUGACCACAAAUGGUGUUUUAAAUGAGUUACGAAAAGUUUACAUUUACCUUCAGUGGUUUUCAGAUAAAGUGAGACAAUUUAUUAAUUAGAACAGUUAUGGGCUAACAUGAACCAACUUUGACACAUUUUGAAAGGUUUGCUCCAAAACACACUUUUCGCAGUUUUUAGUCACUGUAUUCAUUACUGCACACAAAACCUUUUGUCACUAUCAGUUUUAUAUUGUUCACAUUUAAAGUAAAUUGAGUUGUAAACUCGCGCUGUCGUGCUACCUCACCUUAUACCCACCCACCUGUGCUUAGGUUUGUUUCUACCGUGUCACUCGGGUGUACAUUACUGUGACCGGGAUGCUGACAGUCAACACGACAUGUUAAUAUUUCAGCACUUUCGGCUGUGUCUCCACUCCCAAAUCCGUUCCGUGUGUUUCGCACCUAUUUUCUGCUGUUGUUUAAUUAGGCGAUUGAUGCAGGAUUGAGUUGCAGUGACACGGCAGCCGUGAUGGUACAGAGACGAAGUCCAGGAAUCACAGAGAGGCAACAUUACUAAACAAGUAUUGCACAGUCUCUUGUGUUAGUUUUUGACGAUAUAGCAAUUAAUGGAAAUGAAGUCUCACCCGGCAGGGGCCAUGCUUUUGUUAAAUUAAAAACCAGCCGCGGGGACAUCUGGAUAUUUCUCAGUAAAAAUGCACCACGGAGGAAGUUUAAUGUUGCUCAUGCUUAGCAUCAUUUUAGGGAUUGCAUGUGGUGACUCCAGAAAACCCUCAUUACCCAAAACCGUCAUCAGACAGAGCGAGAUGAGCUCCAAGAGUGAGGAUGAAUUUGAGAGGAACAUGAAAGUGCUGAUAGAGAACAUCAGAUCCUUGUCAAGUGAAGAAAAGAGCACAAGCAGAAUGACAGCGCCCCGUGAAAGAAUCGCAAUUGACAGCACUAAUCUAGACACUUACUUCACAAUAUUCAACAGUUUAUUCACUAUAUACCAGCCAACGCUGAUUAACGGUUUCAUUGAAACUCUCCCUCAGGCUUUAGUUUGUGUUUUGGCGGACAGACAGCAUUGUGGAUGGCAAGCAGAUUUAACCAAUACUGUUUCAUCUGCAUUAAAUGAACAGAUACUUUCUGUGGUCUCCUCUGUUAAAGCUCAAGCCUGCAUGUCAACAUCUAAUUUACGAAUGGCAGGCUCCACCAUGGCUCAGUUAAACUCUGUUCAGGAGAUGUUGACAAAUGUUUUGUCCUCAGACCUCCCACUUUAUCUGCUCUCAGACAACCUUUUAGCCUUAUGGAAUAGUUUUAUGGACAUGACCAUUCCACCUGUGAUGUCAUUCAUGUCUGAAUUCAUAUUGAGUGCGCUUCAAACUCCAGUGGAUUUUCUAAAACUCGGAUUACAGUUUGGCAUUGCAAUCCCUACCCUAGACCAGAGUGAGAAGUGUCAACAAGGUGCGUCAAUAGGUUCAGUUCGUUUCUUCAAUACUGUGGACUGUUGACUACAUUUUUCAGUGCAAUAAAUGAUUCUCCAUGUCUCCUUCUGUCUUAUAUAUGCAGGUGACCUCAAACAGCUUAUCAUGUGGGGCAUGAAUCAUAAUGUGAGCUGGUCUUUUGGACAGUCACUUCUGGAUAUGUUUUUGGCUUCUGAAUCUCCUCCUUGCAGUUUCCCAAGUCCAGAAUGCCAAGCCACUAGUAGCAUCCAGUUCAGUCGUACUGGCACACCCUUAGUGGACAUCCCCACAUCCAGCCUCACCUGCGAACAACAAAACCUAACCCAACUCAACAAAACACUUUGUGCAGCAAUUUUAGCAGCUACAUCUCAGGAAUCGUACGUCCUUUACCAGAUGUGUCAAGCUCUCAGCACACUCUCUCAAACCGAAGUGACAAAGGUCUGGAUGAACACGUGUCACAUGAUCCAGAACAUCAUCUUACCUCUCAUGGAGCCCUGCAGUGAUCCUGCCACUGCAAAAUCAAGUCGUAUUGCGAGGUCCACCCUUAGCCUCAGCGAACUCCUCUGCGACUACCAGAACUGGACUGACGGUGCUGCCGUGGACCCGGCUCUGGUCACAAUGUGCAGUGAAAAUGAUCGUGCUGCGUUCAUCCUUGCCGUGUGUAACGAUGUUGAAGCUAUGCUAGAGCUGGUCAAAAAUCCAAGUAAUGCCUGGGUGUGGGAAUUCUGCGCAAACACAUCAGACACAUACAUUGUGAACCUGUAUUGUUCAUAUAACAUGUGGACUGCUGAAACCAUUGACCCAUCAAUAGUGACGUUCUGCUGGGAUAAUGACAAGGACAGAUUUGAGGGUCUAUUGUGUGACAGUAUGGCCUUCUUUAUGGUUGUGUUCUCCAGUGAAAAAAACAACUGGCUAAAGCCCAAUUGCUCCGAACCUCCUCCACAAAUCGACAUAAACGCCCUUGUGACUCAGUCUUGCAAAUACUCAGAAUGGAAGAAUGGAAGGGCAGUCACCCCUGAUCAGUUAUCUCUAUGUAUCCAAAAUGAUGAGACUCGAUUCAUUAAUGAGGUGUGUGUUAACCACACAUUCGUCUCUGUGCUUGUGCUUAACAGUGUGAAUGCUUGGGUAGAGCAAUAUUGCGCAUACUCUAUCCGCAAUCCCCCUACGAGCCCACCACCGCUGAACACUGAAGUCUGGUGUAACUAUAACAAAUGGACUAACACAUCUGUGGAUCCGACUGUGGUCGCUCUGUGCUGGCAGUAUGACCAGAUAGGCUUCCGUCAGAAUGUCUGCUGCAACUUGUCCUUGUAUGAGAAGUUGUCUUUUCAUCUCGACAACCAAUGGCUGAUUAGAGAGUGCUCUAAUAAUGACACCACGGAUGUGUUGGCGCAGGUUUGUGUCUAUUCAGAUUGGAGCCAGCCUAUUAUUGUAGACAUGAGCGACCUUGCUCUCUGCGCCGAUCUUGAUGCUGAAAACUUCACUCGGAAUGUAUGUGCCAACGUUACAGUUCUCCAGAAUUUGCUGGCCAAUUUAGACAACACCUGGUUAUUAGAGCAAUGCUCAAACCUGACUGCGUCUGGCCCAGGUGGUGGAGCUGGGAAUGGGGGGAGCCUGAUGGGUUUCCGCCCGGCUGAGCAGUGUCAGUACUCCAGUUGGGCUUUGGUGCUCCCGGAUCCUGCUCUCCUCGCUCUCUGCUGGGACUAUGACCAGGCCAACUUUAUCUCCUUUAUCUGUGCUGACUCUUUCAUGCUCACCCACAUCACUCAGGAGGCCUCCAGCCUCUGGGUUGGCACUCUCUGUGCCACCUACACAGCUCCCCAUAUUGAAAGUGUAAAUGGUAGCAGUACCACAACUCUCGAGCCGUGUCUAACUAGGGAGUUAGCUAAGAGGCUAAACUGGACCUGCAGCGGAGACUUCAGCACUGUCUGCCAACCAGGCGGCAGUCAAAUCCAGGGCCUUCGGAUGCUGUUGCGAUGUGGGAUAAAGAUUCUCCAACCUCGCUUGGAGAAUCUCAUGACUACACAGGUGACAUCAGUGGUCAAGCAGGCCACCAGCCUGUGGAUUGUCCUGCUGUUGGCUCUAGAAGAAAGCCAGAUGACCUCUCUGGGGGUGACGGAGAAUAUUCGGCUUAGUGUGCUGGAGUCAAUUAUCGUCUACCUGGACAAUGAGGCCAACUUUGACAACAAGCGUGUGCUUUUGCAGUGCUUUGGGAAAGUUCUGAUCAGUCUGAUGCCAACAGGAAGAGAUGUGCCCACUAACUUUUUUCUGAUCAAGGAGUAUUUUCGAAUUCCUCUGUCUCAUCUGAGAUCAGUGCUUAGUGCUGCGGACAUCAUGAUUGUAAGGGAGAUUCUGCAGUACUAUAAUAGAAACUAUGCGACUCUGCAGCUAACAGAUGAUUACCUGCACACCAUGGUGUCCGUACUUUUCCAAAUACACCUGCCUAGGGAUAUUAGCCUGUUCCCUGAAAUGGGCCUUUUGCUGACUCUGGCUACACCUUCAGACAUCAUGUCAAUGCCUCCGCUACAAAACAAUAUCCACGCGUUAAGCAUCAUUAACUUCAGCAUCAAAAACCUUUCCCUGGAGCAGCAGCAAGCAUUUGGUCGAUGGUUCAGUCGAUCUAUGAGCUUGCCUAACAUGACAGCCGGUGGCUUAUCCUUCAUCAGAGACACUGGUAACCUGAUCGCCUAUCUGCCCUUCCAGAGCUUCCAGAACCUCUCACCUGCUCAGCUGCUGGAUGGUUUGGAUGUCUUAAAGAGUAACACAUUGGGUCUCCUCAAGCAGCAGUUCAUUGCUCAGAGUCUCACUGGAGCCUUCAGUAAUCUCACUGUAGACCAAUUCAGGAGGUUAGGUAAUCUGUCCUGUCUGGCUCACCCCAGCGAGCUAAUGGCAUAUGCAGGAACAGACGCCUUUUCAGUGAUCCAGGACAACAUUAGAACAUGUGCAAUCCAGGGAUUUAGUUUUCCUAGCAAUAUGAUAUCCAGCUUGGUCUUGAAAGCAUCUGAGCUGCAGUCUCCCUCCAGUCUCCCUCCUCAGAGAGUCUCUCAGCUUGCCCCUUUUCUGCCCCUACUGGGAUCCAGUGUCCUGCAGCAGCUCACCUCAUCCCAGCUCAUGCCUGCCCUCAGCACCCUCGCCUCUGUGCCUUUCACCCCAGCGCAGGCUGGUGUUAUCAUCGACAAGAUCUCAGCCAAUUUGAGUCUGGCUCUGCCUGGCUCUGGCCAUUUGUCUAUGCUGGGUUCUCUUGUGAGUGGAGUGAAGGUGGAGACUCUAUGGACUUUACCGUCUGAUGUUCUGCUGGAAGCGCUGCCUGGCAUGAGCCUUCAGACACCUGGGCUCACCCCCCCUCAGGUCAACGCCAUCAUCUGCAGACUCUGGGGUUCUAGUUCUGUGUCCCAGUGGAUGGAUAAAGUCAAACCUUUGCUCUCUAGCACUCCACUCCUCAGUGUGAUUCCCCAAGUCCCUCUCCUUCUGGUCAGAGACACUGCUGUAAACACUCGCCUCUGGAACACACAGCAGGCUAAAGUUCUCUUUAAAGAGGCUAUCUUCUCCCACCCAAGCCUCUCACUACAGGAAUUUCUGUCUCUGGGGACAGUGGCUACGGGAGUGGAUUGCACAGACCUUAGAAGAUUGUUCCAAAACCUGGCAUCUCUAUCUCCUAUACGUGAAAUUCUGACGUUUCUGAGAGAGCUGCCUGUGCCACUCCACUCCUCAUUGAUAAAGUGUAUAAUUGAGGAUCUGUAUCAGUUUGACUUCUUCCCAGAGUUACUUGGAGAUUUGGGCUCUCAGAUUGCUCUGUCACUUCCGCUGAGCACCAUUAAGAAAUUUCCUCCAGAUAAGAUGGAUUCCCUAAGGAAAAUUAUAGUACAGGAUCCACAUUUCUUCCUGCUGCUUCCUAGCAACAAACAAGCUGUCCUGGUGGACAAGAUGGUUCAAAGACUGGAUAUGUACACUGGCCUGUACACUGAAGAGGAGUUUCGUUCGCUAGGUGUCAUGGCUACAUUUGUGGCAGAUGAAAUGUUUUUGAAUUUGGAUAGGAGCUUCUUUGUUGAAAGUCUGGAGUUCCUACGAGGAUUCUGCUACAAUGUCAGUAAAAGAGCCCAGGUGGCGCGCAUGCUACUGGAACCGGGGACAUUUGGCCCUGUACCAAACUGGACAUCAGAGACACUGAACCAAGUGGACCGCUUUUUGUUUUUUCUUCCAAAUGAGAAUAUUAAAUUCAUCCCCUUAGGUUUGAUGAGCUUAGAGCGCAUUGAGAGGCUGUUCCUGAGUCAGCAGAAGUGGGAGAGUGGAGAGCUUGGUUCUCUGUGUCAGAAACCCUCCGAGCUGUUUGACAGGCAGCAGUUUGUGCUUCAGUUCUUCCUCGGCUUCCUCAGAACGGGACUCGCCACUUUUCCUGGGCUGAUCCCCACUUGUGAGAACCUACAUGUCACACAGCCUGCUGCCUGGAGUAUUGAUAGCAUUAGAAACAUGCCACCAGCUGCAUUUCGGAGGUGCUUGGAGCUCAUUGGCCAGGAUCCAUUUUUCAGUGCAUACCAGCUAUCAGUGCUCCUUACGAAGACCAAGGAGGUAUAUGGGAUGCCUUCUUCUUUUAACUCUUCUGUGAUCUCUCAGUUGGGUCGCAUUGCCACGCAGCUCUCACUUGACGAAUUGGCCUCUCUUAGACUGUCUGAAAUUCAGUCAAUUUCAGCUAUUGGGGCUCUCAACUCGUGGACCAGCAGACAGUUGAAAACAUUAUUCUCCACGGUGCUGAAUUCAACCAGAAAGACUCCUGGCCAGUUAGACUCCAGCACUUUUGUGGCUUUGGGGCACAUUGUGUGUGGGAUUGAUGCAUCAGUCAUGCGCAACUUAAAUCCAGUGGAAUUCAGUAAGGCAGUUUUGUGGCUGGGCCGUUUGCGUUUGUCCUGUUCUGAGGAGCAGCUGCAGGGAUUGAUAGGACUGCUCAGUCAUAGCUUGGCAUUUGGACCGGUCAGCUCCUGGGGAUCAGAGGUCUUUAUUGAGAUAGGAGCGAUUGCAGCGGGGCUGCCUGAUAUAGCCAUGUCUGCUUUGGUGAGGGAACAAAUAGAAGGAAUCUCCCCACUUGCCGUCUCUCUCAUCCCAGCGGGCAAAUUUGCAGUAGUGUUUAACCAGGCACAGAUUAGUAUGUUCACAUAUGAUCAGGCCAUUGCUGUAACUGACCCCCAGCGCAACGCUCUAUCUCCAGUACAGCAGACAGCCCUGUACAUGGUGCUCAACCCCGCAGAGGACAAACCUAUUACAAUCAGAGGCUUGUCCCUGGGAGUUGCAGUGCACCCCUGUCCUUUUCUCUACCUCUCCAGCAUCCUGAUAAUGCUGCUGUUGCUUUCUCCUGCUAACCCUCUGGGAUGAGUUUGGUCUGUCGCUGCUGAAUUGCUGCUAUACUCAGUUGAACUCUUCUUUCCAAACAUGUGCAAUAUGAUGUAACUUUAAGACUGUAAAUAUAUAUUUUCAGCACUUUUAAAAUGCUGAAUGGGUUCCAUGAAAUUGGAAAAAAGUAUGAGAAGAAUAACUCAUGGAAAUACUUCUUUCAGCACUUUAUAAUAGUUGGUCAGUCGUGAUAAUGUGAUUUUGUUUGAUUGUUUUUGAAUAAUUGCUUGCUUGGAGAUUAAUGUAUCAUUCUAGAUCUGUAUUCAGUUUGACGUAUGCUUAUAUUCUACUUUUUGUCUUGUUUUUAUUAAUAUUAUUUACUUUUUAAACUGCUUUAACAGACUUCAUACAAUGAAAUGCUGGAAAAAUAUCAGAAGGGGUUGUAUUAACUUAAAAUAAAAACUUGAUUGUGAAGUUUACUUGUUCACUCACUCAUGUGUUUACUCUGACUACUUAUGUAAAUCUACCUAUUAUUACUAUCAUAAUAUAGUAGUCAACAUUUGAAGUGUGGAUCAAAAAAGUUCAUCAAAGUUGACCUAAGAACUAAGUUGUCCUAAGAAGAAGGUUUUAGGACAACUUUGAUGAAAGGUUUUGAUCCACUUCAAAUGCUGACUACUGUAUAUCAUGCCACCUAAUGACCGCAUUUCAUUUUGUAUUGUAGUGCAUGUAUCCUUGAAAAUAAAAUAUUUC